GGUGUGACUUAUCUAUCCUACACUGCUGCUGUCGGUAACGGGGCGGCUGCGCACACACCUACACACCUUUCUGCAGCUACCAAACGCACACACAACCGGGGCUGGCGCACUGGGAAGGAGGAGGAGGAGGGAGGGAAAGGAGACAGAGAGAGGAGAGAGGCGACACAUGUCAGACUGGCUCCGGCAGGAGGAAUGUACCGGAUUCCGCUGCGCACACGCCCGGGCUGUCCCGCACCGAGGGCUCCGCUGCGCUAACGGGACGCGACACCGGGCUCAGGCAAGACUGGACCGGGAUAAAGGGUGAAGAAAAAGGGAGAGAUACCUGGCCGCGAGAGGAAGGAAGGAGGUGGAGGGGGACAGAGGGGGAAGUCGGGAGGGUCCCGGGGGGAGGGAGAGGUGUGACAAAUUUUCGUUAUUUAUUUAUUUGAUUUAUUUAUUUAUUUAUUUAUUAUCCGGGGGUAACGGCACUGCUUGCGCGCCACGGGGAGUCAGCGUAAAGUUUCCUCGAUGGCGCUGGUGAUGGAGCCGGUGAGCAAAUGGAGCACGAGCCAGGUGGUGGACUGGAUGAAAGGUCUGGACGACUGCUUGCAGCAGUACGUGUGCGUGUUUGAGCGUGGAGGUGUGUGCGGAGAGCGGCUGCUGAGGAUUAGCCACGCCGAGCUCGAGGAGCUGGGAGUCUCUCGCAUCGGACACCAGGAGCUCAUUCUGGAGGCCGUCGACUUACUCUGCGCUCUGAACUCGGGUCUGGAGACGGAGAGCGUCAGGACUCUGGCUCACAAGCUCGGCGCGUCGGCCAAGAACCUGCAGAACUUCAUUUCCGGCCGCCGCCGCAGCAGCCAAUCGGAGAGCAGGAGCUCGCGGCGGCUCCCCAACGAUCUGCUGACCUCCGUGGUGGACCUCAUCACCGCCGCCAAGAGCCUGCUGGCCUGGCUGGACAGGUCUCCCUUUGCUGCAGUGGCAGACUACUCAGUAACCCGAAAUAAUGUCAUUCAGCUCUGCCUGGAGCUCACCACCAUUGUACAGCAGGACUGUACGGUGUUUGAGACGGAGAACAAAAUCCUUCAUGUGUGUAAGACUCUGUCGGAGGUGUGUGAGCACAUCGUGUGUGUGUCGUCGGACCCGCUGGUCUCCCAGUCGGCCCACCUCGAGCUGGUUCACCUCACCAACAUCAAGCCCUCUGAAGGCCUGGGUAUGUACAUCAAAUCCACCUAUGACGGCCUCCAUGUGAUCACAGGAACUACUGAAGGGUCUCCGGCUGACCGCUGUAAGAAGAUCCAUGCAGGGGAUGAAGUCAUUCAGGUCAAUCACCAGACUGUGGUGGGCUGGCAGUUGCGUAACCUGGUCGGUUCACUGAGGGCCGAUAAAGGCGUCGUGUCCCUGACCCUGAAGAAGCGUCCGCAGAGCACGCUCAGCUCCGCCCCCGCGCUCCUGAAGAACAUGCGCUGGAAACCCCUGGCUCUGCAGCCGACUAGAAGUCCAGGCAGCAGUUCAGCCACGCCCUCAGGCACGCCCACCAAGAGCUCCGCCCUCCAGGACCUCUACAUCCCGCCUCCACCUGCUGAGCCAUACACGCCCAGAGAUGAGACGGGAGCCUUGUCUGGGGAUGAGGCAUCUCGUAACCACGGUGGCGUCAGCGCUGCUAAGCGCUCUGAGUCACCAAACUCCUUCCUGGAUCAAGAGUCUCGCCGGCGAGAAGAGGAGGAGCCCGUGUACUGCACCACGCCCACAUACGGCAGGCUCAGGCCCAUCUCCAUGCCAGUGGAGUGUAACUGGGUGGGCGACUAUGAAGACCCAGCCAAGCUAAACAGAGAAAACCGCCGAGAAGCUUCGCUGAUGCGUUACGUUGGACUGUCCGGUGGUGACGAGAGGACCGGCGCUGACGACUACUCCUCCCACACGGCUCGUCCGGGCAAACGGUCCAAUGACACGGCCAAGCGUGCCAAGAGGCGGAGCCACCACAGCCAAAGCCCCUCCCACUACGUCCUGCAGACGAAUCAGAGGGAUUCCCCUCCCAGAGACCCAGCCUCCAUUUACCAUACAUACCAGCAGUCGUCCUCGCUGCAGACAAAGAACAGGAAGAAGAAUAAAGGACGAAGUCUGGCCUCCCUGAGCCGGAGGCGCGUUUCCUGCAAGGCGCUGGGUAGAGGGGACUGCGAGGGCUGGCUGUGGAGGAAGAGAGACGCAAAGGGUUACUUUUCUCAGAAGUGGAAGAAGUACUGGUUUGUUCUGAAGGACAACUGCCUGUACUGGUACAUCAAUGAGGAGGAUGAGAAGGCCGAGGGAUUUGUGAGUCUUCCAGAGUUUAAGAUCGACCGAGCUAGUGAAUGUCGCAAGAAAUAUGCUUUCAAAGCCUGUCACCCCAAGGUGAAGAGUUUCUACUUUGCGGCAGAUGGAGUGGAUGACAUGAACAGGUGGCUGAGCCGUCUCAACAUGGCCGCCGUGGGCUACGCAGAGCGAGAGAGGAUCCGCCAGGAGCAGGAUUACUGGAGUGAGAGUGAACAUGAAGAUGACGCCACCUCCAGCCCCAAACAGGACAGCCCCCCACCUCCAUACGAUACCUACCCACGGCCUCCAUCAAUGAGCGCUUACUUGGAAGGUCGAACCACUCGACUGUCUUCCACGGAGACGUCUCGUUCUCGCUCCUCCCAGGAGGACUUCCUGUGCAGCGAGAACCCGGCGGUGGUCGCAGAGCCGCAGUACCACCCCGGCCCUCUGGGGGGAGGCACCACUCACAGUGGGAGAAAGCCAGGGGGCAGCAGCAGCAGUGAUGCGCAGUACAGAUGUGAUCCUGUAGAGUACCGCUCCAGUCCAGCAGGGGGCAGCAGUGAAACAGGUUCUCCAGGUCGCUCCUCGUCCUCUCAGAGACGCUCCUGGCAGGACCUGAUUGAGACGCCGCUGACGGAGGCCGGACUGCACUACCUGCAAACUGGACCGCUUGAGGACGCCGUCUUUGCCGAGCCAGGCCCGGGUUGCAUCUCGAUGACAGCCGGAGCCGUUUACACCCUUCCCGCACAGAGGAAUGUCCCGUUGCCCAUGGCGAUGCAGAGGCUGAUUCCUAUGGCAACCCAGGGAGGGAAACCCCGCAGCUUCACGCUGCCACGAGACAGCAACCUGCACACGCUGCUCGCGCCGCCCACGAAAGAAGAACAGCACACACACAACAGUGGAAGUGAAGGUGCGUCCCUGGGUGACCUCUUUCGUGCAUGCGAGCAGGGCGGCGUCUGUCCUCUGGGUCGGGCGUCGGAGGUCAAAGGUCAGUCUGAGUUUAGGCAGUCGUUCCUCCGACGGGCCGCAGACCCUCAGCUCAACGAGCGGCUGCACCGCCUCCGCAUACUGACCUCCACACUGAAGGACAGGGAGGGGGAGCUCGCGCUGAUUGACAGGCUGCUGGCCAAUCCCCAGCUGUCGUCGGCAGAGUUCCAGGAGUGGAAGAGAGCCUAUCAGGAGCUGUUCACUCAGGAGCCGAGCUCGACCGCCGCGGAAUCAGACCCGGGCCCGCCGCUCACCCCCUCGCUCUCUCACACACACUCCUACAUCGAGACGCACGUCUGACGCGCAAAACACACACACACGCACACACACUUAAAAUCGCUCUCACCGGCUGAUUCUGCAUCGAGUUGAACAACUGAUGUGUCGACCAGAGUUUUGCAUCAGUGCAGAUAGUGACGGACUGUGUCGAAAAGGUCAGAGUAGGAUUCGUUUUCAGCAGCUGUCUGAGGAGACCCUCACGUCACAUCAGUCUAUGACUUGAUUGGUUGUGCCACUCCAGCUGGCUCGGGGGCGGACGUUGCACUGAUUCUUAAGUAUUACAUGUUAGCUUUUGUGCUCUGUGCCUGAAAUACUCUCCAUGGAAACGCCAUAUAAAGAAGCGCCAACACAUCUCCAUCCAGUGGGAUUAGUAUCUUUAUUCAUCCUGCUUGUCGUGCCAUGUUUACACUGACCGCACAAUGUCUCAUACUGUAGACAGUCCACUAGCCACCAAGUGACGCACAUUGUAUUCUAUCAAGCCUUAUACUUGAUGUCUAUGAUGAUAUUUACUGUACAGUGAGUGUUACGGCAGAUGACAAUAAGCAAAGCUCUUUUUUAAACCCACUAGUAUCAGUUUCUAUCGAGUUUUAGAGACUUUUGUUUGUGCUGUUUUGCAGUAGAAUUUCUGUACUGUGCUGGGCUGGACCUGAAGCAUGCACACUCCUCCUGGAAUAAAACUCAUUUAAAGGAAAAAUCCACCCUGGAAGGCUUUCAAAGUUUUCCAACAAUUACUGACAACACUUUAGGGAAGCUUUUGUUCUGACUUUUUGGCAAAUAAAUAACCUCUUUUUUACUUUAUUUUAGUAAAAGUAGUUUUUGUUCAACAUCUGAAGUAAAAUCUCUCCCUGAAUAAUCUUACCCAUGUUAAAAUUAAAACUAAAAUCUUGCUUAAGUCCUCCUUCUUUGAAAAACUUACUUUAGUAAAGUUUGUCUUAAAAUCUCAAGCUUUGUUCAAAAGUGUGAAAACUUACUUAAGGUAGAGUUCUCCUUGAAAACUCAUUUAAGGUUCUUCAUAACCUUGGUGAAGUAAAGGUUCUUCUUGAAAACUUACUUAAGUCAAAGUUCGUCUUAAAAUCUCAAGCUUUGUUUGCUUUGAAAAGUUCUACAAAACAUUACUGAAGUUCUGCCUGAACGUCUAACUUGUGUACAAGUUUUCCUUGAAUGUCUUACUUAAGUAAAAGUAAAAAUGAUCUUUCAAAACCUCAUUCAAAUAAAAGUUCUCUUUAAAAAUUAAAGCAAAAGCAUCAGUUCUUUAUAACCUUCAUACAUUUUUUUUCUGAGAAAUACACAAGUAAAGUUCUUAAAUUUUUACUUAGGUAAGUUAAAAGUCUUCAAUUAAAAAUUGUACUUAUAUGAAAGUAAAAUUUCUGUUUCAAAAUCUUUUACUUUUGAAAGUAAAAGUGAAACUUCUCUGUUAAAGUUUUACUUAAAUAAGAUUUUUAAUUCUUCUCUAAAGUAAAAUGUUGAAAGCUAACAAGAAUUGAGGUUUUAAGAGAGAAGUUUCACUUUUAUAUCUUUGAAGACACCACUGAAUGUAGUGAUGAUUGUAGUUUGUGUUUUAUAAGUAGUUUUCACAUUUAAAGACACUGGCGACGUCUACACACCAGGGGACGCUACAAGUCUUUGCUGUGCGUCUCCACAACUUAUCAAACUAAUAUUUACUUCACUGAAACGUCCUAGAACCCAAACUGCAAGCUUCACUUCAGGAGACACUUUGAAUGUAUGGAAGUCAGUGUGAAUUAUUUAACUUGUACUCAUGAAGAUACACAUUUUUAUUUUAUUUUAUUUUAUUUAAAAAAGAACAUAUAUUCCGAGUAAAACUGUUGCCAUUACAAGAAAGCAUUUAAACUUUUAAAUUGCUUCUAAUAGUCUUGAUAUAUACAUAUUUUGCAAUAAAAUAGAAGAGACUUUGGUGUAUAUAUAUAAAUAUGUGUGUGUUCAAUACUGAAAACAGCAUUAGCUCCUUUUUCACAGUAGCUUUUGUACAAUAACGAUGGUAGUCUUUGGAUAAUACACCAGGCACCGGAAAACACUGCAAACAGGGGGCAGCAUACUUACUUAUUGUUGUGAAAAGGGGCCUUAUCUCAGAUUGAAAUUAAUGAAAUAUUAUCGCAAAUGCCUUUCACUAAAUUUAGAGGGAGCUGAUUUAGUUUUGUACCAUAUUGAGCCAUUUUAGUUUUGGCAGAGAGAGAUGUUUAUAAGAAUCAUCAAAUCAGAGAAGUUUGGGUUUGAAGUCGACUUUAAAAAGUGUAACACAAGGUUACUGGAUAAAUGUUUUCGACCAACAACAGUAUUGUUUUUUUCAGCUUAUGUUCCAACUUUUUUCCACUGUAGGGGCUGUAAUCUCUGCAGAAAUACUACGAAAACAGCUCCAAUUACUUACAACUUUACUGUCAUGUAAACUACUCAUCUCUUUUUUAAGUUUUAGAUUCUUACCUUCUGUAAUUCAGACAUUACGUUUAGGUCGCCCAAGAUGCGUUUCGACCGAAAACUAAUUCACGGAUAAUUCACUUUAUUUUAUCUAACAGUAUAAGAGUUUUCCCGGGUGGAUUUUUCCUCAGAUAACAUUCGGCUCCCAGUAAACUGCAUGCCACAUAGAGAAAUAUUUGAGGAAUUAUUUGCAUAGGAACUGAAAUAAAGAUCUAAUAAAUAUAUAAAAUAUAUAUAUAUUAGUUUAUUUGUACGCUGCUGCCAAAAGACUUGAUACUCAGAGACGCUGCACAAAACUAUGAAAGCAAUCGCACACACAAAUAGACACUGAUAAAGCACACAGUACACUCAGUUUGAAUGCUCUUUCUAUGCUGCUGCCCGUGGUUGGUUGUAGUAGCAUGUUAUCUUCGUUGUAGAUAAAAACCAGUAUACCUUUUCUGUUUUUGUGUUUGAAAUCUCUAGAUACAGUAGAUCUCUAUUUAAAGAGUGCAAACUAAGUGUCUUGGAUGAUCUUCUCUAAUUCUGUCAGGUUAUUUUGGACAGCUUGUCGUUGAGUAAAGAUUGUUUAAUGUUCAAUCCAUAAAUUAUUGAUAAGACAAAACAGUAUUUAUUUACGUGAUAAUUCUACGUGUUCUGUUGGAAGACGAGGGUGGAUCAAUAAAGUUUUGGUCAUUUGGA